GCGUCGCCUUUCAUCUCGGACACCGAUGACGAUGGCAUCCCAGCGCACGUGCUGCUGGACAAGCGACACAAGCUGCCGUAUGUGCUCUCGGCCGCGCGUCGCCGGGCGGUGCGCUUGUGCCACGCGCUCUUGAUGGACGACGACGCGACCAACCUCCAUGACGUGGCGGCGUACAGCGUGCAGACGCUGUGGUUUGAACACCACGAGUCGCUGCAGUCGCUGGCGGCGAAAUUGUCGACGCCAAACGCACACACGAACGCGCAUGCGACGCCGAUCAAGACCGCCCACGUCGCCGCCCCUCGCUCCGAGCGCAUCGGCCGACCUGUCAAGCCCAAGAAACCACGCGCCCUCGUCUACUAA